AUGUCGAUCCUCUACUUCUUCUCCGUUUUUGUUGUCGCAAACAAUACUACCUACGAGGCCCAGUACUGUAGCUGUACCCAUCUGACGUCAUUUGCCAGUACAUGGAUCGUCCCGCCUACCCCUCUCGACUUCAAUUACAUCUUCGCCAAUGCCGGAUUCGCACAGAACCUCACCAUCUACAUCACCACCAUCGUCAUCUACGUGGUCUUCAUCUUCAUCUUGCUAUGGGCACGACGUCGAGAUCGUAAAGACCUCUUGAAGCUUGGAGUCACGCCGUUGGUGGACAACAACCCGGCUCAUAACUAUUAUUAUGAGAUAGUUGUGAUGACAGGACAGAGGAAGGCCGGUGGAACCGACUCCAAAGUCAGUUUUAUCAUGUCUGGUGAGAAUGAGGAAACGUCUGUACGAGACUUUGAGGAUGACAAGAGAAAGAUCUUCCGAAGAGGUGCCUCUGAUCGAUUCCUCAUGGCUGUACCAGGGCCGUUGGGAACGCUGAACUACAUGCGGAUCUGGCACGACAACUCUGGUAAAGGAAAGAUGCAAGGAUGGUACGUCAAAUACAUCGCCAUCAGAGACAUCCAGACAAGGGAGAGGUUCUAUUUCAUCGUCAACCAAUGGUUCUCAGUGGUGGAGGACGACGGACAGAUCGACCGACUGAUCCCAGUGGCCGGACGCGAGCAGAUGCAGAAUUUCUCCCACCUGUUCAGUAACCAUACCCGCAAGAACUUCAACGAUGGCCACCUGUGGUUCUCCAUCAUAGGGCGCCCUCCUGGCAGUCGCUUCACCAGGGUGCAGAGGGCUGCAUGUUGCCUUAUGUUCCUUUGGUUGGAGAUGCUGGUUAACAUCAUGUUUUACCAGGUCGCCCCACCGGCAGCUGCUAAAAGCCCCAUUGAAAUUGGACCAUUGAGUCUCUCGCCCGCUCAGAUCAGCAUUGGUGUCCAGGCCAAUCUUAUAGUUUUCCCGGUAUCACUUCUGGUUGUACAAUUCUUCCGGAAGUCCCGGCCGAGGAAUAUGAGACAGUCCCGCAUCAAGGUAGCGGCCCUGGCCAACAAACCCAAACGAAAACUAAGGCGUAGACCUCGUAAGACGGCACCCGCUAACUACUCCAAACUGGAAGACUUUGCAUCACCGAGUCGGAUCGUCCUUGAGGAGAGCAAUAAGCCCCCGAUGAUGAUUAACCCGACGGCAGGUACGAGGGCCGAACCGAGCCUCGUUGUCCCUCCCGUCCCUGGCACCUACGACGAGACAGCGGUCCAAGGGGGUCAAGGAGCCGGCUACUUGGGCGGAGAAACAUCACCUACUCCGCAAGGAGAUGCGACAGUCCUGAUCCAACCGGACAAACCAAAGCGACGCAAGAAGUUCUCCUUCCCAUGGUGGUGUGUCAUUGUAGCAUGGAUUGUCUUGCUCUUAUCCAUGGCGGCUGCUACCACCAUUACCAUUUUCUACGGCAUCCAGUUUGGCAACACGGAAACCAGCGAAUGGCUUUGUUCCAUUAUCAUUUCAUUUGUUUUCGGAAUCUUCCUCACGCAGCCCAUCAAGAUCCUGCUGCUCGCGACCUUCAUCGCCUGUAUCGUCAAGAGCCCUAACGCUGACGAGGACACCGAGAUGGAAGAGGACGAAGAAGAGUUUGAUCUUGGAAAUGAUGAGGAAUACCUCCACACGGUCUCCGGUUCCGUGUCGACGAAGAAGCGCAAGCUGCCAUACAAGCCGCCAGAUCCAGAGGCACUGGAGCGAGCUAGAGAACAACGUGUCAAGGAGAUCAAGAUGUACUCCAUCUUCCGAGAGAUCUUCUUCUACGUGGUCUACCUUUGGGUGGUUCUCGUCAUCAGCUAUGGCAACUCCGACCCUUCGGCUUACCGCAUGCAGGAGGACUUCUUCAACGAGCUUGUGAUCGGCCCCGACAGUGUGCAUUCCUUCAACAAGUUAUUUGGCAUCGAUUUCCUUGCUUUUCUUAUCGACGGGAAACAGAUCAACAGCCACGCAUCCUACUGGGCGUACCUUCACUCUACCCUCGUUCCUGCGAUCUAUCCUCAGACUUGGUACAAUGGCGAUCCUAGUCCCGAGCUGGAUGGCUUUCUCAAAAACCAGAAUGCUUUCAUCCUCGGAUAUCCUGUACUACGACAAGCCCGCGUCAAAAUGGGUGAAUGCGAAGUGGUGUCCCAAUUCACAAACAUUGUCCCCGAAUGUAACGUUGCCUACUCGUUUGGCAACUCAGACGAGGGUGAUUAUGGACCUGGGUGGACACUCUACAAUACAAACGUGACAGACAGACCUCAAUACAACUUCACAGCUUGGGAUGAAAUAGAGAGUUAUCCAGUCCUCGGACGCCAAGCCGUCUACGCUGGUGGCGGAUAUCUUGCCAAGCUGCAAGGGAGCAAGGUCGAAGUCGAAGCUCUCCUGGAUCAACUAUUCGAAGAGGCCUGGUUCGAUAGGUACACCCGAGGAGUCUUUUUGGAGAUCGCUUUUUUCAACGCGCAGGUGAAUCUCUUUGGGGUCAUCGACCUCGUGGCGGAGUUCCUUCCAACUGGUGGAGUUGAAACCUUCUACCGGAUCGACAUCAUUCGGCUGUUCACCUACUCUAACGGUUUCGGCGCCGUCCGUCUCGCGUGUGAGAUCCUCUUCCUUGGUUUCAUCGUGUUCUUCAUCGUUCGUGAAAUCAACAACAUGAGACGGACAGGGGUGAAGAAGUACUUCAAAGACUUCUGGAACAUGGCCGAAUGGAUCAUCAUCGCGUGUGCCAUUGGAGCCACAGUGGUCUACUUCUAUCGCAAGUAUGUCACAGACAACCUCCUCGAGGAAUUCAAGGCAGCGGGUGGCACACAGAGGAUCAACCUCCAGUAUGUCGCCUACUGGAACGAGCUGCUCACUUACUUGCUAGGUGUGGUAGUCUUCAUCGGCACCCUGAAGUUCAUUAAGCUUCUCCGAUUCAACAAACGCAUCGGUAUAUUGUCCACCACGAUUGGAAGCUGUACCAAGGACUUGUUCCACUUUGGUAUCAUGUUCGGCAUCUUUUUCCUUGCCUACGCGCUGGCCUUCUACAAGAUGUACGCCCGCAGUCUCUACGAUUUUUCUGACUUCAUCUUCACCUUGGAAACGCUGUCGGCGGCCAUGUUGGGCAAGUUCAGCUACGACGGCUUUGUGCAAAACAAUCGGAUCCUCGGGCCCAUCUUCUUCUUCUUCUUCAUGAUCACCAUCACGUUCAUCCUUGUCAACAUGUUCCUGACCAUCGUCAUCGAAGCCUUCUCUUCGGUCAAGCGGGACAUCACCCGCCAGUCCAACGACUAUGAGAUGGUCGACUUCAUGAUCGGGCAACUCAAGAAGUGGGUGGGCUUGAAUAACAAGCCCAAGUCGGAGGAAAAGAAGCCCAACGCUGUGACCGAGAAGGACAACCACGACCCGAUGUCGGAGUUCCCUGAGAAGGUCGACCAACUACUCGACUGUAUCGCCAAGGUCUACUUCGAUGCCUCCCAGUUUGAGGAAGUCAUCCGUGGGAUGGGAGGGUCGAAGGGAGACAAUCCCAAGACCACCAAGAAACGGAUGAUCCUGACGGGAUAAUUCGCAAACACAACCACCAUAAGCAUCACUCCCAAGUGCAAUAUGCUUUAAUACUCCCAUCAUAAUCCUACUGUAAUGUCAAUAAUGAAAUUCACGACCAUCCAUGAUCAUAAAUCAUACUUCAUAAUGAAUCCGGAGCUAAAGGAUAAAUAAUUUCUCCUUAGUUUCCAUAUGGUAUUUUGAUAUCCCACUAUAUAUCGAAUAAAUGAACAUGGUGAAUUAACAUAAUAAGCAAUUGAAAGAAAAAACAAUAUCUUCAUAAUACCGUCUACUACUACACGAUACACGAAAUUAAAAUAUAACAUGCAUAUUUCACAGAAAUUCGAUGUAAAUAGCAUUUUUGGUAUUGAAAUUCUACUCAAGCUUCUACUAAAAUCGUUACUAGGAAUGCUGUAGCUUGCCUAGGGCUCUCUCGGUAUUUCAACAACCAAUAUAUGUAACCUGAAUUCUGGCAUCACCUUCUUAUUCGAUUAAAUAUUUGCUACAAGGGUGAAUACAUGUUACCCGUGUAACACAGUUUCAAAAGCCCUUAAGUCAAAUUACUUCUGUUCAAACUUGUAUAAUGUUCUGAAGCCGAUAAUAUAAAAGCCCUCUUCGUUAAAUGUGUUCAUACUUUCUUACCGCCAUGACGCUUGAGUGUUAAAUUAAAAGUUUCGAAAUCUACUAUGAAUUUCCCUCACUCAUAAAGUAUUUGAUUGUCAAACCAUUUACAUAUACAUGAUUAAGGCUACACAAGGAUACACAUAAAUGAAUGGAUUGUCUACUUUGUCUAUCACUCUAGAAAUAAUGACCGGAUUCGAGAUGUUUAGAAACAAAAUCAACUCACAUUUUCGAUGAGAAGAGCAUUGUGCACAAACUGAAUAAAAAAUAUGAGUAAAAAGUAUAUUGAUAAGUCUCCCGUCCUUUGUACAUAGUGGCACACAGUGUGCGAUGCCCGUGAUUAAUGCCAUCCACAUGUACAAAUAGUAUCAUUUGAAAGGGUGAUUUGAUAUAGAAUUAGAUUAACUUGGCUGUGAAACAUGUAUAAUUGAGUGAAGUUUAUUGUUAACGUGAUAAUGUCAAUAGUUUAUUCUUAACUGCUAGCUUAUUGUCACUUUUAUCUUCAGUUCUGGUACCGACGAAAUAUACAUUCUCACUUAACGUGCGAAAUCAAAGGAAACUGACUGCCACUGAAAGUCCACUAUUUUAUCAAUGUCUGUGUGGGAUAUAUUAUGUCCAUCACCGACUCCAAACUAAUUUGUGAUAACUGGGUACCUGGUAGGAUUUCAUUUCACUAAAGAAGCAAACAACAACAAAAUACACCACUGCUGUUAACUGUAUACGACUGUUUUGUUUUCCUUUGUAUAAUCAUGUCCCCCUUUUUCGUGGAGGGUGUGGGGGGGGGGGUCAAAAUAUGAAAUGGAAGAUGUCAAUUCGAAUUCAAGGAAGCACUGCAUUCAUGUGUUAUUUUCUGGCCACGUUGAUAGAAGGAGACGUUACAGGUCGGUGUAGACGUAAAUAAUUAUAUCUGAUUGAUAAACGUCUGUAAAAACCAAUUGCACACAAUCAUAUUUGUGUAAGGCUGCAUUUUGGGAAACCAAUGAGUGUUCAGUUUUCGAAUUGUACUUAGUAGGUUCACCCCAAACACAGUACAAGUUAUAAACAACUUAUUAUUCACUAUUUGCAAUGAUUUAUGAGAUCGUAUAAACAUUCAUGUAAUUUGUCUUUCAUAGUAAGUCUUUCACGGUUUAUUGCUCAUGUAGAAAUGUGUUUUAUCCCAUUACACAUGAAUCACUUGUCGCUUUGUUGUACAUAUGUAGUUUGCAUUACUUGUCAUAGCAACGCUAGUUUGCUUUUCAAAACGUCACAGUACGUAGGUGUUGAAUAAUAACCCCCAACAAAAGUUUUUAUUGCGGCCUAAAACUACAUUAAUGAUACCAGGUAAAGAAGUAAACAGGUAAUGAAGAACAAAAUUAUGAGAACUUUUUGACAUGUCGUCACGUUUCACACAUUCUACGACUGCCAACUGCUCCAACUUUGCCAUUCAAGUAAUAAUUAUAUUAUACCAAUUCAAUGAAACGGACAUAAAAUAGCCUAAGUCACACGUAGACGAUUUGUUAAGAUGCGCGCCACGAUCUAAUGACGUUGCUUUCUCAUAUUGGUAGCUUUGCAAAGUAUUCAGAACAUCAUAUCGGGUGUUUGGUAAACAAACUGAACAUCACAUCAUCUCGUUUGAAAGGAUAUUUCAAACUUCAAAAUGUUCACCAAAAAAAAAAAAAAAAAAAGAAAUUAAAAAACAUGCCCUGUACCUAGCGAAGAAACACUCAAACAAGCAAGAAAUUGGUGCAGGCAACAAAAAAAAGACGCUUGAUUAGUUAACGGCUUGCAUCGGCAAUAGUAUUCACUGAGUCUGUAUACAUACACAUGUCGGUAACUCCUCGCAGCAGAAAUAUGAAAAAGCACAAUUAUCUUACAUAAUAUUAAAUAUCUGAAGAAAAAAAUAAUCAUUAUACGUAGCGAUUUUCGUAGGUGAAACAAAACUUUUGAGAAUUUCAAAAUAUUUUCAUACCGUGAUCGCGAAACAAGGACGGUCUGUCCAUUGCCAGUAUUAGGAAAGCCUAUCACAAUAAGGACGACUUGAAAGAAAACAAAAUUGUUUCGCCAUUGGUCAAAACCUAGGACUGUCACAUGGUUUAGAGUACUUGACACAUAUACACUAAACAUGUGCCAAAAGUCGACUAUAGUAUUCCAGUGCUUAUCCCAUUAAUCGACCAAAGCAGAGAAAGAGUUAAAGCAACACUAACCAGAUUGCAUCAUCAAAGCCAAAUUGCAGAACAGAAAAAACAGAUACAAUCGCAAAAAAAGUAUAACAAAUCGACAAAGUGUGACUUGGGCGCAAACAAAAACUUGGACAUAAUGGCCCGAAUUCACAAAAGGAGGUUUGUCGACAAACGGAGGUUUAUGUG